AUGGCAGAUGAUUUAGACAAAUUUAUUGCUGACCAGAAUGCCAAGCUGGCACAAGAUAAGGCAGAACUUGAAAAUUAUACACCUUACAUGGAAAUGACGAGGAAGGAGCCAGAGAAGCUUUCUGAGACUAACAAAAUGUUAAUCUCAAUGGCUAAAGAAAAUACACCUCCAAAUAGUCAACAGAACUGUCCUUUAGGUGGCUAUGGCUUGAGUUUACCUCUCGGGGAAGAAUAUGAACGAAAAAAACAUAAACUGAAAGAAGAACUUCAACAGGAUUAUAGGCGAUAUCUCUCUCAGAAAAAUUACCUGACUACUGGUGAAGUAGAUCCAUAUACUCAGGGAUUAUCUCUUCCUAUUGAUGAGCGAAGAUCUGCCAAGGAGAAGCUACGGCUUGAAAGAAACAAGGAGUACAAUCAAUAUCUCAGGGAUAAAGAAGAAUGGAAUGAGCGGUUUAGGAAAUUAGGGAAGAAAAACAUAGAGAUGGACAGGAAUAAAAAACCUAUUGCUGUUACCAGGAUCCUGGCAGAAGUACCUAGAGAAGUCCAGACCUGUAAUGAAUAUGCAGAACCUCCCAAGAAGGAUGCCUUUACUUCUACAGAAAGUUUUGAAGAGCUGCUAAUUAAGAGGUGGCUGGAGGAAGAGAGGUAUCAUAGAUUAGAAGAUGAGAUUGAAUUAAGAAGUCGACUAUUAAAUGAAAGACUUGAUGAAGACUUGUAUGUUCCCAGUCGAAGACAUGGUGGAUUUGUUAGCCAGUCCAUUAUUCCUGUUAGGAAGCAUCACAGACUUGAUGAGGAUCAUGAUUUUGGUAGAAGAUACUACAGAAUGGACUAUGAUCCCAAGAUAAGUGAAGAAAUGGACCCUAGGUUUAGAUGUGAAAGCAUUUAUGACAGAAGAACUCCCCGGGCUUUUUAUGCUGAAAGGCCCUAUUUGGAUGGAAUAGUGAGAGAUCUACCUGCAGAUUAUGAGGACGAAUUAAAGGAGAGAGCACCCCUGCAGCAGAUUUCAAGAGCUGGAAGUUCUAGAAAUCGGAUACGAAUUAGUUCUUCAGCUAAUGAACAGACCAAGUCUGCAGCUAAAAUGCCAUAUACAACAGGCCUUGAUGUUG